AUGCUACGCAGUCUCCUUACGCCUCUAACGGCGCGGUUUGAGAACAUCAACAUCUCACCUCGCAAUGACCGAGGCUCACCUGCCACGCCGGGGCGGCACGAAGAUGACCUCGACCCGGAGGACUUCAGACGGGAUGUCCUCAUAGACGUUAUGCGAAACUCGGUUGAACGACUAAAGGAGGCCGAGGACACGAGGGACAAGCUUGAGACCCUCGCGGAGAUCCAGAGGAUUAUCCUUGAAGACACGUAUAACUGCACAAAGGAUGUGUUCAGGGAGAUGGACGGGUUCCUGGCACUGAUGGGCUUUCUAUCGACGCUUCGCGUGCGCGAUAGUCUAGUAAAGGAGCCUGAGGAGCAGGUUCUGCAAGAGGUGACGGAGGGAGUGCGCUUGGUCUUCGUGGUGCUCUCGGAAGCGAUGCACGACCACCGUCAAAACACAGAUUACUUCAAGUAUCGCGUUGGAUACGAAUCGCUAAAAGAAGCUACCCUGCCUCUAGCGGUCGAUGCGAAAAUUCGUGACCAGACAUUUGGAUGCCUUCUGUCUUUCUGCCUACACAACUUCUCCCUCUCCGGGCUAUUUGCCACUCUUCGAGAUUGUGACUUGGCCCACGUAGACGAGCACCUCAAGGCGCUAGAACGACAGCUCGGCACGCUCAUGCAGGCAGAUGGGUACCGGGUCCUCUGGAGGCUCCUUGGCUCUAUCCCCGACGAUGGUGGCUUGCGUUACAUUGUAUUAAAGCUCACGGAUCGUCUCAUCCACGCAAGUCACCGGAACCAUGCGCUCAUCGCUAGCCUGGGGCUCGUUCCCCAAUUAUUCUCAUACUUUACUUCCCUGUCCCCCCGCGAAUCAGAGCCAACUUCUCCAAUGGACGGAAAGGCCUCUCGAUCUCCUGAGCGGAACCUGGUGCAGAAACUCCUAAGGUUUCUUCUGGAGAUUGGGGCAGAUGCCGACGACGUGCGUCAAGUUCUGCAGAGGGUGGCUAAGGACGACGAUUCCUUGAACGGCGACCUGCUCGAGGUGGUGCGCAGUGCUAUGAAGGCGCAGUCGCGAUGGACGCAGCAUGUGUCGAUGGAAGAGCGCGCAGCGUUCACGUUGACUGAGAACGGGGUCAGGGGCAUGCCGAGUGCAGGCUUCACGUUCAUGAUCUGGGUUAAUCCCGAGAGGUUACCGAUCAAGGCGCCUCACCUUCUGUUUGGCGCGAGAGCUGGGCGGACAUCCCUUAUUCAGCUGAGCCUUCGGCCGGACGGCAAGCUUCAGCUACAGACGUCGUCCCGGAAGGACGCAGGUGUCUUCACCAAAUCUUCUGUUCCGAAAGGUCGCUGGACACACAUCGCGCUCGUACAUCACCAACACAAAGCAGCGAACCCGACGAUCCGAUUAUACGUUGAAGGCGCUCUAGUAGACUCCUUCAAUUGGCCAUAUCCGAAACCCGAUAACAGUGCCCGCCACUUAACAUACAUCAUCGGUGACGAUACGCCAAGCGCGAGCAUGAGUUGGUCCAUCGCAUCCGCGUAUCUCAUCUCCGUUCCACUCGCUGAUGACCUUCCGCGACUGAUCCAUCACCUUGGACCUCGCUAUGCUGGAAUCUUUCAAUCUAACGAUAUCAUCAAGUACCUUACGUACGAAUCGUCCACCUCGCUCAACAUCUAUAUGAGCACCCUUGUAUCUAGGUUCCCAGGACCUGCUGGGUUAAGUCCGCUGAUGAAGGCGAUCAGGGACGGCCUUGGUAUUGCAGAACCGUCGUUCGUGUUCGCCCUUACUGCACGAGGUGUCGACGUGGACGACCCGCGGAAUUGGACGACAGAGGUGGACGUAUUCAUGGACCAAAGGCAACCACAGGGACUUGUUUCAGUGGGGGAUGUAUUCGUGGUGCGGGGGUCCUGCCUCGACGCAUGGGUAUGGAGGCUUGGUGGGGCAUGUGUUCCGUUGCGUUUCAUCCAGCUCGCUACCACCGCACACGAACUCUCUCGGUCUUUAGGCGUCUUAACCGACUCCCUGCGCAAUAGCUGGCAAAACUCAGAAGACAUGGAACGUCUACGUGGCUAUGAUAUUCUUGCGGGAAUGCUGAGGGAUAAGGCCAAGCUAAUCAACGCCACCGGAUUUGAGACCCUGUUUGAGUUCCUUGGGCUCAACUUCCGGCACCCUGAACAAUCCACCAUCACCAAUGCAGUCGCGUACCUAGCUUUAGCUCUUGACUUCGAACUCUGGUCCCGCACGUCACAAAGCAUCCAGCGCGCUCACCUCGACCACUUCAUCACUCUCCUCAAAACGAGCCGACACAAGCGAUUCAACGCGAGGCACCGCUACGCCAAGAUGCCUUCUUCCGUUGUCCGCAACCUGCUCUUUGUGCUACAGACCGAAUGGUACCCGCGCGAUAUGUGGCAGUACGUGAUCGAAGCUCUUGAGGUCGCAGCGGUGGCCGAUUUCUCGACCGAUCGUGCGAUCAAACCUAUCAUCUCGUAUUUGGCGGCUAACCUCCACGAAGCAGAUGUUGCCCCGCUUCCGUCUCCACGCUCGUUGGUGUCGCGCAUCGAUCACUCGCAUUCGCGGGAGAAAGCUGAGCACACCUUCUUGGCUCUGAUAUCCAUCUUGCAGAAUCCCGCCUGCUAUACCAAGUUUGCGGCGGCACUACCCGUCACCAGAAUCUGUUUGCUCCUGUUGGGCGACCGACCCUCAUCCACCACCGCGACAUGUGUCCUUCGCUUGAUUGAGAUAUGUUUAGCCGCUUCACCCUCGUUCAGUCGGAAGUUCGAGCUCGUGAGCGGCUGGAGCAUCCUCAAGACCGUUAUCCCCGUCGUAUGGGACAGUGCCGUACAUGUUGCGGCUUUUGACCUCUUGCUCGGACGUAAAGUGGGUUCGGUUCAAACAGAUCACAUGCGAAAGCCGAUCGUCUGCCCUCACCUGGUCCCCGCCAUACUCUCAACUUUCCAACACGGGCUAAGGGGUGUCGCUUCGCGUGCGGACGUUUCCGGAGACGCGUCGGACGUCGAUAGCCCUGAAGCUCUCGUCGAAAUUCUCAUUGAAGAGCUGAUAGAGCUCCACUCCCAAAAUCCGACCUUCCGCCAAGUAUUCCGGUCGCAGCAGACUACUCAGAUAUUCAUUGACGCUUACAAGACCUUCGUCCUUGCACUUUCGUCUGCGCCGCAUGUUUCUCAACGGGUAAUACGAAUCCUUGAGAAGGUCAUGCACUUCGCGAUGUCGCUCGCUCUGGAUAACGAUGUGGCCGGCACUCAAAAACGCGAGAUACUAGAUAUACUCCAGCAAGCAGAGGGUAUUGUCGACGAUCGCGCGAGGAAGACAGACGUUGACCCUGAGCUGGUCGUCGAUAACCGUUCUGUACGCCGCAGGAUAGCAGCCAGGUUAAGCCUUCAAGUCGGGGAGCGAACAAUCCAAAAGUCUUUCUCAAGAAUCAUAGAAUGGCGCCGGACGAUCAUCGAUUCCGAGCGCAAGCGCUUACGAAAGAACCUCCUUGAUCUGCGUGAGCAUAAUCGCCAGAUAUCCUCCAUGGGUGAUUGGGCCACGCCGCUGCUGGGAGAGCGGGGUUUAUGGGCUCGUCUCGAAAACCACCGCCGGUGGCGUCUCGACGAGACGGAAGGACCCUAUCGGAUUAGGAAGAAGCUCGAACCGAACGACCAAGAAUUUCUUACUUCUCUUCUCGAUGGCCCGUCUCGGGUCCCUGACCUCUCUGCACCAGAUGCUGAUACACAAUCCGUGGUGCAGAUGGAACUGCCUCCAUGGGCGGAGUCGUAUGAGAUCUCCGUGACGGAUGUGGAUGGUCAACUUGCCGAGACAAUUGUCGACGACAAACACCGCAGAAUUCGUCACCAGCUCGAACCGGGCGACGUUAUAGAAGCUGUCAGCACGGUUGCGAGAAUAUCAGGGAUUGACUCGUCGCCUGGGUUGCUCAUUUACGGUCGAACUCAUCUAUACAUCAUGGACGGACUUGUUCAAAACGAUGAUGGUGAGGUGAUCGACGUGCAUGAUGCCCCAAAACGUCUUUUCUUCGUACCGGGGAGCACCGUGGAGCUUGAUGGGCCUCAACGUGCUCAGCGAUGGGUGUGGGAUAAUAUCAUCAGUUUCAGUGACCGUACAUUCCUCUUCCGUGACGUUGCCAUGGAAGUAUACUUCAAGGACAGCCGGUCACUACUCGUCGUCUUUCUGAGCAAGCAGGAAAGACAAAGUAUGACAGAGCGGCUGUACGAAGUAGUCGCUCAGCGGAGUAUCGACCCCUCCGUGGCUGCGACGCCAUCAAUGGCUCGUAGGACACCCAUAUUCGGGAAAGUGAGCGCUCGGGUGUUCACGGGCGUCCGCUCCGACGAGCUCGCUACCGCGCAGCGCAAGUGGCAGGCGCGCGAGAUCAGUAACUUCACGUACCUAUGCAUUAUCAAUCAAAUAUCUGGACGCACCCCUAGCGAUGCAACCCAAUAUCCGAUAUUCCCUUGGGUGAUCAAGGACUACACCUCAACACGCUUGGAUCUUGCAUCACCGGAAACCUAUCGAGACCUGAGCAAACCAAUGGGAGCUCUCACUCCUGGACGGCGUGAGUCGGCUAUCCACCGUUAUCAAGGUCUGGAAAGUAUCGGAGAGACGCCCUUCCAUUAUGGUACACACUUCAGCUCCUCCAUGAUCGUUUGCCACUUCCUUAUCAGGCUUGAGCCCUUCACGCAUAUGUUCAAGACCCUCCAGGGCGGUGACUGGGACCUUCCGGAUCGGUUGUUCAGUGACAUGAGCAGAGCCUAUGAAUCUGCCUCCGCUGACAGCCGAGGAGAUGUUCGCGAACUAAUACCCGAGUUCUUCACGUGUCCCGAGUUCUUGGAGAACUUCGCGAACCUAGAUCUCGGUGUUCAGAACACCGGUGAGAGAAUACACGACGUCAAACUUCCUCCUUGGGCCAAGCAGGAUCCGUUUUUGUUCGUGUUACUCAAUCGAGAGGCCCUGGAGAGCGACUAUGUCAGCGAGCAUUUGCCGGCGUGGAUUGACCUGAUUUGGGGAUGCAAACAACGCGACCCCGAAGCGCUGAAUGUCUUCCAUCCCUUAAGCUACGAGGGGGCUAUUGAUCUCGAUUCCAUCGACGAUGAACUGGAGAAAGAGGCGACCAUUGGCAUCAUUCACAACUUUGGGCAAACUCCUCGCAAGCUAUUCAAUGCGCCUCACCCAGAGCGUUAUAUGCAUGGACUGUCGAGUUUGCCGAUAGGCAACCUGCAUGGUAUAGCGGAAGACUAUCGUUUGCUCCAACAAAGCCAACGACCAAUCAGAGAUUUAGGUGCAUUAGGCCCUGUUCGGGAUUUCACCAUCGACUUGAUCGGGGAACGGAUUAUACCCUGCGGGGACGGCCACCUCUGCGUACCUAACUAUCCACACGAGCAAGUCGAGUGGGGACCAACGAGAUUAGGGAACACCGAGGCCGGUAAUAUCCGCUUCGUCAUCGAUAGAAGGGUUGUGCAAGCGAUCGAGGGCACCUCAUGCACCUGCGCCGCUUUCGCUGAUUCCGACACGCUCGUCACGGGCUCGAGCGACUUCGCCGUUCGCUUCUGGCGUAAAUCUUCUCGGCGGGCCAUUGUCACGACGCCAGGAGGCCAUGCCCAGCCGAGCCUGCAGUUUUCGCUCGCCCACGUCAUGCGAGCACAUACGGCUGAAGUAACGUGUGUGGCUGCUUCCAGAGCUUGGGCAAUCGCGGUCAGCGGCUCGCGAGAUGGGAGUGCCGCCGUUUGGGAUCUGAACAGAGGCACCUAUGUUCGGUCCAUGUGGCACGAGGGAGAUCAUGUCCAUCUAGCGGUCAUCAAUGAGAGCACCGGUUACAUCGGUACUUGCUCGAGGUCAAAGCUGUGCCUCCAUACCAUCAACGGUCGACCGAUAGUCACCAUGGAUCUACCAGCGUCAAUGACCUCGCCACAUCCACCCAUUACCUCUAUGGCCUUCCUCGAGCGCGAAUACCUCAGCGGCGGCAUCCUUGCUACUGGUGACGCCGAUGGUAGUAUAACGCUCAGGACAUGGAACGCGGAUGACACCCCGGAGGGCGCCAAAGCCCAGUGGAAAUUCGUGACGCUGAGGAGUUUGGAAGUGAGGAAGGAUCGACACGAGUCGCCAUGCAUCACUGCGCUGAAAUUUGUCGGGGAACGCCUUUAUCACGGCGAAGACACGGGUCGAACCUUCUCUUGGGACUUACCGGAAUGAACGUCGAUUUCUGCUCUCAUUGCUAUCGCCGUCCUCUGUAGAAUGAUGUACAACAGCACGAUCCUAAUU